GUGACGCCUCCGCGGUCGCCGGGGCUCUGCGGUGGGGCGGCCAUGGCGGGCGGCGCGGCCUUGCUCCUGCUCCUGCUCCUGCCCCUGCCCGCCGCCGAGCCCCCGGGCGCCGAGGACGAUCGCGACUCGGAGGAGGCGGCGGCGGCGGAGCCCCGGGGCGGUCUGGCGCUGCCGGGUCUGAAUGCCCUUGAGUCCAUGGAGCUAGAAUUUGGAGUAUGCACAGUUACAUGUGGGAUUGGCAUUCGAGAAGUUCUGUUAACGAAUGGAUGCCCUGGGAGUGAAACAAAAUGUAUUGUCGGUGUGGAGGAAUGCCACGGGCCAGUGGACUGUGGGUUGGGAAGACCAAUUUCUGAGAACUCUGAAAGCGUGAUGAUGACUUGUAUUUAUAUACCUCCUGAAAAUCGAUUUAAAUAUGUUUGGAAGAUCUUAACUCCAAACAAGACAGCACGCAUUCUUCCCAAUGAUUCAGCUGUUAUGGAAGUGCGCAGAGAUACGCGUCCAAUUACUUACCAGUGUGAAACUCAAGGAAAUGAAAGUGUAAUUGCCUCCGUAAAAUACACAGUGCACGCAACAACUGAGCUGCAAACAAAACAAUCAGAGAGAAUAGACACAGGACAAUCAAGGAAAAAAAGGGCAGACGCCAUUCUGGUGUUUUGCCUGGUAACUGGAAUCAUUUUCAUGGUUGGCGUGAUCUUUGCCAUCAUCUUUAUAAUUCUUCACUGGGCAAUUGUAAAAACUGUUUUGGAAUCAAAAAAUGGGCAAGAUGACACGGUCGAAAAGCUGACCAUCAAAAGUUCACAGAGUAACAUGUAGUAAGUAGCGUCCCGCUCAGGGUCAGCAUUGCUUUUUGGAGGAACUGGGAGUCUGCAGCUGCAGCUACAGUGUUCUCACCAUCUGCAUUAGCCACAAUACAAGAAGUGCCAGAGCCAUCACCCACAGAGAAUGAAGUACAGAAGUCCUUCCAGCAGUUGCAUAAUGAACAGAAUUAGAGAAAAAAGAACAAUCGGAUUACACAGGAACAGGAUAUAAAGAAGAUUAAUAUAUGCUUGGAAUACUGGUUUUAAGAAAUACUUUUUACAGUUCAUUCACUGUUUUGGAUUACUGAACUUUAAAUAAAAUGUGUAAAAAUA